AUGUCCAGGGAUAUAAUAAGAGCGCGUUUGCGGCCGUUUGGGAUCUCGUUCGAGAAGUCUCUGGCGGACCUCAUCAGGGGGAUCAGAGCGAACAAUCAGGAUCCGGAGAAAUUGGUAGCGUUCUUCGACAAAUCCAUCCAGGAAUGUCGGGCUGAGCUGAAAACAAACGACCUCGAACUAAAAUCCAUGGCCAUCCUCAAACUAGCAUACCUGGAGAUGUACGGCUACGACAUGAGCUGGUGCUCGUUCCACGUGCUGGAGGUCAUUUCCUCGCCAAAGUUCCAGCACAAAAGAAUAGGAUACCUUGCUGCGAUGCAGUUGUUCCAACGACAGAACAACGAUGACGUGCUUAUGCUGAUGACCAAUUUGCUCAAAAAAGACAUCAACUCGGGCAAUUCCGUGGACACCGGUGUGGCGAUCAGCGGAAUCGCGUCCAUAGUCACUCCCGAACUGGCACAGGAUAUCUGUGACGAUAUGGUGCGAAUGCUUUCGCAUUCCAAGCCAUUUAUUAGAAAGAAGGCCGUCUUGGCCAUGUACAAGAUCUUCCUCAAGUACCCCGAUGCUCUAAGACUGCAUUUCGACAAGCUGAUAGAAAAACUGGACGACGAAGACGGGUCUGUGGUCUCUGCCACGGUGAACGUCAUUUGCGAACUUGCUCACAAUAAUCCGAAAAACUACGUCGAGCUCGCGCCGCGACUAUUCGGGCUGUUGAAGGAGACGAACAACAACUGGAUGGUCAUCAGACUGCUGAAGCUGUUGUCGUAUCUGUGUCUCGAGGAGCCCCGUCUCCGCUAUAUUUUGCUGCCAGAGGUGGUGGAUCUCAUGAACAACACGACGGCCCUUUCUCUGGUCUACGAGUCUAUCAACUGCAUCCACAAUGGAAAGAUGCUUACUCCUGACGAUACGAAAGUUGCAAAGCUGAUCAUCAGCAAACUGAUCGGCUUCAUUCAAAACAGCGAUCAGGAUUUGCGGUAUGUGGGGCUGCUGGCGUUCAUUAAAACCUGCAAAAUUCACAAGGAGCUCAUCAAAAAGCACGAAAAAGUCAUCAUGGCGUCAACGUAUGACCCCGACCCCACAAUCAGAGAAAAGUCUCUCGAACUGAUCGAUUCUCUCGUGACCGACCGCAACAUCGUUUCCAUUGUGUCCAGACUACUUGUCCAAUUGAUUCCUGUGGACGAGCAGGCAGAAAGACUGGAAAGCAUUAACGUUGAAACCGAAUUGGCACUUCAAAGCCCUCUUAUCGUGUCAGAUAAGUACAGGCUGCUUGUCAUUACCAAAAUCAUCCAGAUCUGCUCCAUGGACAACUACGAGCAUAUUCCCAAUUUCCAGUGGUAUCUCGGUGUUCUAGGCGACAUUCUCAACAUCAAUGCCGAGAACAGGCUUGCUGGAGUCGAAAAGAUGGUCACAUCGCAAUUCAUGAGUGUCGGACUAAAGGUUCCAAGCAUUCGCAGCAGAUUGGUACAACGCAGUCUGGACUUGGUACUUGACAGUUCGCGGCUGGUCGGUUUGAAAGAAGGUUUAUUCAAUUGCAUGUGGCUUGUUGGAGAAUACUAUACAGAGUAUAUCUCUACACUGGAUGACGACGAUAACGACGACAGCGAUAACGAGGAGGUGUACAAAAUAACGGGCGCACAAAUUAUCAAGUGCGUCGUGGCACAGAAAGAUUUUGAUAGUCUCACUGAUCUAACGGACCCGACACUAAGCGUCUAUAUUCAAUCUAUGGCCAAACUAUUUGGGAAAUACUGUCUCUCGCUAAGACAGAGCUGGAAUUCCGGAGAUCGGGAACAUGUGAUUGAGGUGUGCCAGAAUUUGAUCGGGUGGCUCGAAAAGUUCCAUCAGUCUGUGAAUUUUGAGGUUCAAGAGCGCGCUAUUUCAUUCACUGAACUUCUCAAGCUUGUACUGGAUGCUGUCGAGGCCGAUGAAGAGAACUUCCCUAAUUUCCUGGUGUCUGGGUACUCGCAGCUAUUCGAACAGUACCCUAUCAAGCCUGUCGGUCCGCACGCCCAAAGUCGCAUCCCUAUAGCCAUAGACCUGGACACCGCUAUUGACCACGCAUCCAUCUCUGAUUUCCAGCGGAUGCUUGCUGGAAUCGAAGAAAAAGAGGCCCUGCAGCGCCAGCAGGAGGAAUACGAGGAAGAGCUGGUGUCCGAGAUCAACCAGUCGUCCGAUGACCACGGCGACGACGAGCCACUUAGAGGUCGCCCCGACCGUUCCGACAGGAUCGGCGAUCCGUUCUAUAUCUCAAUGGACACAAGCACGCCGGAUGAUGUCUCAAUUUCAGAACCUCUUGUGGAGACCAAACACAAAAAGCCCAGCAAAAAAAAGAAGAUCAGGAAGGAGAAAGUGCUCGUUCUAGGCGACGAGGACCCUGGCGAAGAGUCUGCUCCCGAGCCUGUGUCCAAACCGAAAACCAAGAAGGACAGAAGUAAGUUGCUCAUUGACUCCUCGAAUCUGUCGGACUUCGACCUCACUAAACCACCGGACGAACCUGAUCAGGCCGAAGAGGUAGAGAAGAUGCGGAAAGAGUUUGAAAAGCUCGAGCAAAAACAGGAGCCAACUGUGGUGGUGAAGAAGCCAAAGAAACCAAAGAAGAAGAAGAAGCUGGUGGUGAUUGAGUAG